AUGUGGGGGGCAUGGAGGAAGGAAUUCUUGGAUGUAAUUCUGGUACCUGCGAGUUUAUUCAUUUUGUUCGGGUACCAUCUCUUCCUUCUGUAUAGGUACCUCAGAUAUCCAAGCACCACAACCAUCGGAUAUGAGAAUCACAACAGAAGAGUUUGGGUUGAAAGAAUGAUGGAGAUUGAUGCCAAAGACAGGCCGGCAUUAUCAGUGAUUGCCAACACCAUGUCAGCAGCAUCUGCGCUGUCUUCAAUUUCUCUAGUGCUGAGCUCUUUAAUUGGAGCAUGGCUGGGGAGUUCUAACAGGACAGUCUUUACGAGCAACCUUAUAUAUGGAGCCACAAGUCCUUCAGUUAUUUCUAUCAAGUAUGUGGCUUUACUUGUCUGCUUCCUGGUGGCCUUUGGCUCAUUUGUACAAACUUCAAGGUGCUUGGUUAAUGCUAGUUUUCUCAUGACCAUGCCAAACGCGGAUGUUCCUAUGAGCUACAUUGAAAAGGAAAUGAUAACAGGAAGUAUUUUCUACGAAUUCGGCAUGAGGGUGCUCUAUUUAGCCACCACUUUUCUGCUGUGGGUCUUUGGUCCAAUUCCAAUGUUUGUUUCCUCUGUCACCAUGGUGGGAUUGUUGCUUAGGCUGGACGCAAAUAGAACAGUUUUGUAUCACUAUCCACGGAUUGGUCAGGACGUGUCUAAAGUCACCAAAGCUGUUGAGCAUCAUGAAAGACGACCACAAGGAAGGAAGUAG